ACACACCCCAAGUCCGCACCGCACCCUGUUCGUUUGUAUAGUCAACACGAAGAAGAAACACAACGUCCAGUGCCAGUCUGCUCUGCUGCCAAGUCGGAAAUAAUAUUAUAUUCGGCUGGCAAAAUUACAUUGCGAGUUCUCAUGUUCAGUUAGACCGUCACACAUUUCAGUGUUUACCUUAUGAUCUAGCAAUAACCAAUCAUAAGAUCCUGGAUCGUUUUCAGCGGCAACCGCCCGGACUAUUCCGUAUAGAUCUUCUGUUAAAUUGCAGCGGCCAGUAUUUGCGCCAUGGCGUCACCUUUCCGCUACACACAUGCAAUCACUUGCAGAAUACCUCUCUCGUUGCGUACCCGUGGCGAAAUUGAUUUGGAGGAGGCAAAGCUGCAGCAUGAGGCCUACGUGCGAUUGCUACGUGACUUGGGCCUGGAUGUAUUGGAGCUUCCACCAGAUGAAAAUCUACCCGAGUGUCCCUUCGUAGAAGAUUGUGCCGUGGUGUGCAAUGGGAUUGCUCUUAUCUGUCGGCCCGGGGAACCAAAUCGACUGAAAGAGGUUGAAGCUAUUCGUUCAGUGCUUCGCAAAGAACUGGAUCUUCCAUUAGCAGAAAUUGCCGACCAAACUGCACGGCUUGACGGUGGUGAUGUACUGUUCACCGGAAAGGAGUUCUUUGUGGGUCUUAGCAAGUGGACCAACGAAGCGGGAGCGCGGGCAGUCGCUUCCGCUUUUCCCGAAUAUCCGUGUGUUCCCAUUAAGGUUACCGAACAUCGGCACCUCAAGUAUUACGUCUCGAUGGCCGGAACGGAUGUGCUGUGCGUGAGCCGGAGCAAAGAGUCCCAGGAGAUACUGAAACGGAUUGAGCGGGAAGCGACCUACACCUACAGCACUCUGACACUGCAGGAGGAACAGGCGGCCAAUGUGCUGUACAUCAACGGGACACUGGUCCAUCGGUUGGGUGAGGAGAUUCCACAGUCGGCAACGAUAUUGUCACAGAAGCUGGACAUUCCAAGACAAACGGUUCCAAUGUCGGAGCUUGGCAAGUUUUCCAAUGGACUGACCGCGUGCUGUAUCCUCGUGAAACGAUCCCGGCUUGUCAAAAGUCUAUAAGUAAAUAAGUGAAAGCAAGUUUUUUUUUCUUUUUUGGUUAACAAAUUAUUUUUUUUAUAUUAUCUAAUACCGUAAAAGUAUAUUAAACUAUUUAUUUUUGUUCUACUCGCCGACACGAUGAGUCUUGUGCUUUGUUAUGCUCACAUUUUGUACGCAGAGUAGAAAAUAAUAUUAGAGAGUUUGUUUACCAUUCCCUAAAUUUUACAUGAUAGGCAAAGUUUUUUCAAAUGUAUUAACACAAAAAUGUAUUCAUUCGUUUAGUAGGAAAAAAAAACUUUACUAGCUUAGGAAGUUUAAGAAACAAAUCUUCCCUCAACUAACACAGAACUGCAUAGUAUUUUAUUGAUUGUAUGUUGUUAUUUGUCUUACUUUAACAAAAAUUUAAAAAAAUAAUUCCGAGACGUUUUUUAAUCGAAAUUUGUUCAAUAGUGGUCAAAACUAGCCAUGUAUUCAGGCGACAAUAUACAAGCAUUAACUUUAGAUAACGAAAGCUGGUUGUGACUAAAUUGUCGUUGAGCCGCGAAAUCAAACCGUACGUACAUAUUGAAAGAAGAAACCUCAUUACCAAAACGACGUAGGCUCAAACACGGUAGUAAAGUGUCUCUAUAAUGCUCAACCCAAUAAUGUCAAGAAUCUCGUACAAUGCACUCUCUCAGUAAUCCGUAAUAAUGUAAUUCUCAACAGUCGACAGGAAACAUUCGCUACAAUCUUAGGCUACCGGUUUUACCCUGAGCAAAUUUAUCAUGGGCUUCGUUUGUUGGAUCGGUCGCCGAAUGUAGCACGGAACAAAUCAACAUAGGUUAGGAACACUGAAUCAGUAGUCGAAGAUCGAAAAAAUAACAAUAGAUCUUAUUUACACGUUUAAGCAAUUCCAAACAAUCGCGUAGCUUACGGAAUAGUCUUACCCAAUAAAAGCAAUCGACUUGGUUGUUUUCCUUUUAUCCGGGUGAGAAAAUGGAAUUGAACGAAAAAAAAACGAGUGGGUAGUGUCAGAGACAUAACCGGACUGACGUGAGUCAGGACUGAGAUAUUGCUUCGGCACGCAUCAACAAUCAAUUGCCACACCUCUGGAGCUGGACUUCGAGAUAAGUUGUAUCAGAUAGUGGCUUACUUACUUAUUUCAAGAUUCACGAAAGUAAAUUUUCUUCAAGGUUCCCAAUUUUCUGUCACUCCUAAACAGUCGGUUAAUCAUCUUCUUUAUUAUCUAGAUAACUUCUUGUCGGUUAUUUCCCAUUCGUGCGUUUCAUUUUAGAAUUUAAGUCACAAUCGGCAUUUUCAUUCAGGAGUGGAAAAGUUUUCCUGUAAAUUUAAUCGAAUGUCGUAAAUAAACUUAGUUUACAAUUUUGUUUAAUAUUGUUCUAUCACUUCCAUAUCAAUUUUCAAGCUAAAAAAGUUGGGUCGGUAAUGUCAGCGACAUAGCUGGGUAGCACGAAUACGAACAAAAAACUGUCAUGCUUCAUUCGCACUUCCAAAUAUCUAACAAAUAUCGAUAAUCGUUCUCAUAAGUUGUUUGGUUCUGGAUCCGAAACCGAGUUUUGAACCUGGAUUCUGGAGCUGAGUUUUUGUAUCUGGAACUGUCGCUCAAUAUGUCGAAGCACGAGAAAUGCAAAAUCUACGGAAAAAAGCUUUUUUUAAUCCACCUAGUGGUGUAAUGAUGCCUUUCUCAUAUUACUUAUAUUUUAAAAAACAUCACUAGAAGAUUCUGUCAAGCUUCUUUUUUUGAAACUUGAAUGAAAUCAAAAACUUUCUUCGGUAUAAACUAUCAUCACCUUUCAAUUUGUAAACUGUUAUGUCAAUUUAAUUAAGAUUUAAAUGUGGCUAUACAAAAUUGAACAGAGCACGCUGUGUGCUAGGCGCACCCCGGAGGCACGAUUGUCAUCUGCAUACAAUUGACUUGAAGCCGAAAAUUUUGGUUCUUUGAUUCUAGUUCACUGUCAAAUGCUGUGUUUAAGCAGUGUUCACACGUUCACUUUUUUCUUCAUGCGGUUUCACCAACAUAAGCAAACGAUUUCGAUGGAAUAUAAUCAAACUAUAAUAAACCAUUUCUUUGGGGACGGGUAUAGCGUGAUGGGUAAGUCGAUGCCUUUCACGCCGCCCGCCUGGGUUCGAAUCCCAACCCCGCACAUAGGGUCAGAAAGUUUUUCUGGUCCGAAGAGGCGAAUGACAUUAAUGUUAAAGCCUCUAUAAUUGAAACAAAAAAAAACAUUUCUUUUUCUUAUUCAAAAUUACUUGUUUUAUAGAGAAUACUAGACUAAAGUUAUAUUUAUAUUGGGUUUAAAGAAAUUAUCUUUUGACACCAGUGUGGUUUGAUUGUAUGGUAUGAAAGUAGCUUAACAUAUUGUUGACAACAACGCCACCAAAACAAAAUGCGUCGGUUUCAGGAACCAGCUUCCAUAGCAGGUGCGUCUUCUUCAUCUUCUCUAUCAACACGUACCGAUUUUACAUCAUUUUUUAUGACAGUUUGAAAGUUUUGAUACUCAUUGUCCUAUAAUUUCGGAACCGGAAGUUGGAUCUGGAUGAAAUUGCACAGUAUCUUUUGAGACAACGAAAGCUUUAAUUUAAAACAUAAUUUGUGAAAAUCUGUUUAACUUCUAUUGAGAAAUCGAAGUGAGUUCCGUUUUUGGAGCUUUUUUCCACUAUUACCGGUGCGUUCGGAAGCGGAAACCGGGCACUAGUAGUCCAAAAGUAGAUUUAUAUAUCCACCAAAUAACAAGGUCUGUCAAUUAGAUGAAUUGGCUAGCAGAAUUUAGAAAAAUUUCGAAAUUUUUCGCCAUUGCUUGUGAAAAAAUCUUCCUGAAAUUGAAAAUUUUUACUAAUCUCACUGUAAUACCGGAGCCAAAAAUUGGAUCUGGAUCAGCUUUUCGAGGACUUUUUGAAGAAUCUUAAGACCUUUCAUUUGCAUCUUAGUUUGUGAAAAUCGGUUGCAAAAUUUCCGAGGAAAUUGAAUGCGCAUUUUCUCAUAGAUUUGCACAUAUUGCCUUGUAAUUCCGGAAUCGGAAGUCGGAUCAGGAUAAAAUCCAAUAGCGAUCUAUGGGAACAUAGGACCCUUCAUUUGAGUUUGUGAAAAUCAUGUCAUCCAUCUCUGAGAAAAUCGCAGACAUUGGGUCGAGCUGAGUCGAAUGGUAUAUGACAUUCGGCCCUCCGAGCCUCGGUUCAAAAGUUGGUUUUCACAGUGAUUGUAUAGCCUUUCUAUAUGAGAAAGACAAAAAUUUGAAAAUCCGCGAAAAACGCAUGAAAACCGCGUGAAGAAGACCUCAGUGUACUGCAAAAGGCCUACCCUAUCAAAAGCAACAACAUUUGGUUAGUACAGAAUGUUCAAAGAAGGCAGUCAGCCCGUUGAAAACGAAGAGGCAGGCAGCGAAAAAGGUCUCUGUAGACUUUGGUCCACAUCAACUAAUAGACAACACGUCGACAAAAAAAAUCGAGUCAGUUGUACUUGAAAACUGUCAUUUGACAAGUUAUUUUGGACCUCAAACGUGUCGAAUAUUGAUUGAUACAAAACUGAAUUUUUCGACAUCGUGACAUCGAAGCUGACAGAACAUUCAGAUUUAAAUGUUAAAUGCUGUAAUAUCAAGUCAUCUUUCCUCAAAAUAAAAAUAUGGUAUUCUUUGAUUUACGUCAUUUACAAUUUUCAAAUUUUUUAAAGAGUGCAGUAACCGCUUUUAACAACAGUCUUAUUUUAAUGUCAAUUUCUUAUCACUAGGAAAGUUUCCAAAUACUCAAAUAAUUUGUUGUAUAAUUACAGAUGACAACAGAAAUAUUUGGUUUAUCUCGAUCCACAGUAGGCCACACUUUCUUUAUUCAUCCAUUCAGUUCAGUUCAAAAUUGAGUGAAUUGUUUUUUUCCAGUUUUGAAUAUGCCAGCACUACACGAUUAAAUAGUAGCGAUCCAUCUGUAGGUAAUAAAUUUUACCGAAAGAAGUAUUGUUUUGCAAAAUAACUUUGCAACCGAGCACUUACUAUGAGUUACGAUAGCAGACGCCUGAGAUUAGCCCAAAAUUUCUAGUCUCGAAGAGAUGGUGUAUUUUCGGCAUACGAAAAACCAGUAAACCGUUUUCCAUCCGCCAUGCAAGAGGCAGGGUGAAGGCAAGAACGAAGAUCGUUGAUGUUUGGUCGUGCGCGAGCUCUUGCAUCUGGUGCCAAAGUCACGAGGAUACCAAUGGACUGGACGCUCCCGUUAGUCUAUGUGCUAUAAUAUGGAACAUAAAAUGUAUGAAGAGCUUCUGAAGCAACGGCAGCAGCUGUGCUUAACGAUGCUUUCAUUGGAAAAGCUUUGUUUGUUGUUUGCCUCUUAGUUCGCUCGGUCCGAUCGUAUGAACGUUCUGGUGGUGGAGAAGAGGUGGGUUGUACUCCUGAUGAUAAUGCUUGCUGUUUGAGCUCACUUUUGAUUUCUGGGUGGAGAAAGAUUUUAGCAUUGUUUUAUGGUAGAAUCUUGAUUUUCAUAGAUUAUUCCUUCCACGGUCUCAACUUAUUUGCUUAUAUUUUUAAUUCGAAUUUUGAAUUUGAGCUCAUGUGAAGUUUAUAGAAUCGAAUGAAAUAAAUUAUGUAUGCUCCAGUAAUGGGUGUUGGAGAAGUGAAAUUGUUCUUUCCAAAUGUAAGUUUGCUUAUAUCAUUCACAUUUUUAACUGUGAAAAUUUCAAGUUGUUUCAAGUUUCUUUUAAUUUUUUUUUGUUCGAAAACUGAAUUGCGUGUUGGAUGGAUGACAAAUCACUCUAAACUCUACACUAACUCUAAUCAACGCAUCUAAUCAGAAAUAAUCUCACUUGAUUCCGCAAAAUGCCUGCUAAACUUUUCUAAAUUCGCUUAAUCUCGAGCAUUAUCUCUUGAAUUUUCUUAAACAACCUAAUCCCAAUCCCUCUAACAAUUGUUUGAAACGAUUAAACCGUUUUCUAACUAAUUUUAUCGUGUGGGCCAUCUAGAAAGUUUCAUUAUUUCUCGAUGAACAUUAGAAAAGGUCCCAAGUGCAAAUGACAGUUUCUCUUGGUUUACUUUCUCUUUCAAUUAUUACAGCAAAUUCCAGUAAUUUAGAACAAAUUCUACAGUGCAUAUCGAAAGUUGAUGGUUUUUGCUAUUAUACUAUGCGAAGUGUUAGAUGGGAAGAUUGCUGAUUGGACCGUAAUACUCGAAAGAGAAAGUAAACAAAGAGAAACUGUCAUUUGCACUUAGGACCUUUUCUCGUGUUUGUCUUCAUUUGAUUGAGUAAAAUGAUGACGAAUGUGACUUACUUCUGGUUACUACAAUUUUAUUCAUCGGUAUUAUUUCAGAAUCUUGUACGCGAACUGUUGAUUCAGAAAUGUGAAAAAAUCUCAUUUCGUGUUUUGAACAAGCUGUGGCGGUUAAUAUUGAGUUCCAGAAUCAGUACCGGAUUGUUUGAAUGUUUCCUGUUAUUUCGAAUGCUAGAGGAAUGAAUUAAAUGGUUUCUAAAAGCUGUAACUUAACUCAAUGUCGUAUAUUUGGUUACAUUUGCGAAUCGGUACAGUAUUUUAAGUGACAUUUUAUAAAGUACGCCUCUAAUUAAGUCAUUUGAAAAUCAUGAUAGGGGUAAACAAAGUUUGUAUUCUCGAAAAAAAGUUUACGGACACAAGUUCACUGUAAAGAAUGGAGCACGAGAUUUUGACGAAUGUUAAUUUUGACGAAUGUUGAUUUAAAGAAGCCUGCGACCAAAUGAUGUCUGCAGCUUCUUUUAGAAAUCUUCUGACAAAGUGAUAAAUAUAGAAAAUGAAUUUUAUAAUACGAAUAUAAUCUUUCUACUUGAAAACAUGCUAGUGAAAUUAAUUGAUUAAUCGUUGUUUAAGUCGAAAUUCCUUUGUACUCUUAUUUUGGCAAAUAAAUUGAUAUAAGAUAAAUCUUAUUUGAAUAUAAGAUCAAUCUAAUAUUGAAGCACAACGUUAGAUUGC